AAAAGGGUGAUGCUCGCACAAAGAUUGAAGCCCUGAAGAAGGUCAUUCAGAUAAUACUGAAUGGAGAGAAGAUGCCGUCACUGCUUAUGACUAUCAUACGGUUUGUGAUGCCAAUGCAGGAUCACACCAUCAAAAAGCUGUUGCUGGUCUUUUGGGAGGUUGUUCCCAAAUACACCCCGGAAGGAAAACUAUUGCAAGAAUUCAUUUUAGUGUGUGACGCCUAUAGAAAGGAUCUUCAACACCCGAACGAAUUCAUUCGAGGCUCCACACUUCGAUUUUUGUGCAAACUAAAGGAACCUGAACUUUUGGAACCUCUAAUGCCAGCCAUCAGACAGUGCCUAGAACAUCGUCAUUCCUAUGUACGUCGGAAUGCAGUUCUAGCUAUCUACACCAUAUACAGGAAUUUUGACUUCCUGAUCCCGGAUGCACCAGAACUGAUUCACAAUUUCCUGGAGGGUGAGCAGGACAUGUCAUGCAAGCGUAAUGCUUUCAUGAUGCUGAUACAUGCAGACCAGGAAAGAGCUCUGAAUUAUCUAAGCAGCUGCAUUGAUCAAGUUACUUCAUUUGGAGAUAUUCUUCAGCUUGUCAUCGUAGAGCUGAUUUACAAAGUGUGUCAUGCCAAUCCUGGGGAGCGAGCAAGGUUUAUCCGAUGCAUCUACAACCUUCUGAACUCAUCAAGCCCAGCAGUCAGAUAUGAGGCGGCUGGUACACUUGUCACUCUGUCCAGUGCCCCAACUGCCAUUAAGGCUGCUGCAAGCUGCUACAUUGAGUUGAUUGUAAAGGAGAGUGACAACAAUGUCAAGCUGAUUGUUUUGGAUAGACUGAUUGCUCUUAGAGAGGCACCAGCUCAUGAGAAAGUUUUACAGGAACUUGUGAUGGACAUUCUUCGAGUGUUGAGCUCCCCAGACCAGGAAGUCCGCAAGAAAACUCUCAACCUUGCACUAGAUCUGGUGACAUCUCGCAAUAUUGAAGAAAUGGUUCUUGUCCUGAAGAAGGAGGUUGUGAAGACAAACAAUGUUGAACACGAGGAUACUGGCAAGUACAGGCAGCUGCUGGUCAGAACCUUACAUCAGUGCAGCGUCAAGUUUCCUGAUGUUGCCUCCACCAUUAUCCCUGUGUUGAUGGAGUUCCUGGGUGACACUAAUGAACUAGCUGCAGCAGAUGUGCUGGUGUUUGUACGAGAAGCAGUUCAGCGCUUUGACCAAUUAAGACCACUGGUUAUCAGUAAAUUGCUGGAUGUUUUUGGUACCAUCAAGGCUAUGAAAAUUCACCGAGCUGCACUUUGGAUCCUUGGAGAAUACUGUACAACAUCAGAUGACAUUCAGAGCGUCAUGACACUCAUCAGACAGUCCUUGGGUGAUAUUCCAAUUGUUGAUGAUGAAAUGAAAAAAGCUGCAGGAGAAGUGAAAGAGGAUGAAAUGCAAAUAGGAAGCUCAGUUCAGAGACUUGUGACUGCUGAUGGAACCUACGCCACCCAGAGUGCAUUCAGCACUCGCAGUUCUGUCAAGAAGGAAGAGGUACCUCCACUGAGAAAGGACAUGAUGGAGGGCGACUUCUUCAUUGGAGCAGCUCUGGCCACUUCUCUGACAAAACUGGCUCUCAAGUUCAUCAGUAUCACAAGUGACAAGAAAAGGCAAAAUGCAUUUGUGGCCGAAGCUAUGCUCAUUAUGGCAACCAUUAUUCAUCUUGGCAAGUCAGGCCUGCCUGCUAAGCCAAUCACUGAUGAUGAUGUUGACCGGAUUGCUAUAUGCCUGCGUGUUCUGGCUGAGAAAUCAGAAAUGAUGGAUGAAAUUUUCAACAAGGCCUGCAGAGGCUCACUUUCUCUUAUGUUGGCUGCUAAGAUUGAGGAGGAGAAACAGAUGCAGGAGGCUGCCGAACGUAAAGUAGUGAAAGUCCAUGCCGAUGACCCCAUUUCCUUCUCACAGCUAAUCAACAGGAGUGACCAGGGUGCUGGAGAGAAUAUGUUCGAGCUGACUCUGUCGCAGGCUUUGGGUGUGAAUGCCAAGAAGGACAGUGACCCGCUGGGCUCUUCGAAACUCAACAAGGUCACACAGCUGACCGGCUUCUCUGAUCCUGUGUAUGCUGAAGCUUAUGUGAAUGUCAAUCAGUACGAUAUCGUACUAGAUGUCCUGAUAGUGAACCAAACAACGGAUACCUUGCAGAACCUGACUCUGGAGCUGGCCACGCUGGGUGACUUGAAGCUGGUAGAAAAACCCCAGCCACUGACACUUGCUCCUCAUGACUUCUGCAACAUCAAGGCAAAUGUCAAGGUGACAUCAACUGAAAAUGGGAUCAUUUUUGGCAACAUUGUUUAUGAUGUGAGCGGCGCCGUGAGUGACCGCAAUUGUGUGGUGCUGAAUGAUAUCCACAUUGAUAUCAUGGACUACAUAGUGCCAGCCUCCUGUACCGACACAGAGUUCCGCCAGAUGUGGGCAGAGUUUGAGUGGGAGAACAAAGUCACGGUGAACACAAAUAUUGGGGACUUGAAGGAGUACCUGGAGCACGUUAUGUCCUGCACCAACAUGAAGUGUUUGACCCCUGAGAAGGCGCUGUCCGGAGACUGUGGGUUCAUGGCUGCCAACAUGUACGCUCGAUCCAUCUUUGGAGAGGAUGUGCUGGCUAACCUCAGCAUCGAGAAGCCCCUACAUCUGGGCAAAGAUGCUUCUGUCCAGGGUCAUGUGAGGAUAAGAGCAAAGAGCCAGGGCAUGGCUCUGAGCAUGGGAGACAAGAUUAACCUAUCACAGAAGAAAGCUGCUAAAAUGGUUUCUGCUUAG